AGCAUUUUAUUUGAGGUUUUUGUGAUACUUUAAAAAUGCUGCUCUUCUCCCUGGGGACACCUCUACUAUAAUUAAAGCUUUUAAUCUGAUUAGCAGAUCAUUACAUAGACGAAUCAAUUUAUUUCCUCUUGCCUUUUAUCCAGAAGAACUUACUUGUGCGGGCCUUUUUUCUUUAAACCACUAGCUGCAAUAUGGAGAAUAAUUAACAGGAUUGACAGCAUCCUGGGAAAGAUAUAGUUAAUCCCCUGUGGGAAUGCUCUCAUACUAGGAACAAACUACCUUUUGCAGCUAAACAAUUGAUGUGUUCUUGCCAGGUUUGUGAUUGACCCUCUUCUAUCCAUGAAUUUGCAAGGACUUUGUAGAAGUUGGAGAAUAGGAUGUCGUCUUGUAACUAGAUUGACUAUAAAUCCAUGGCUUGAUGACCCCAAUAUUCCAAUAAGGAAAAUUGGGUUAUGUAAGACGGCAUUUUUAAAAACACCAAAUUGUUGAAGUGGUAGUGAUAAACUGUUCUUCAUCUAAGAGGCAUCCGCCUUUCUGUGAUGUUCAUAUGUAUUCAGGAAGAUUGAAGCAUACUUGUUAUUUUCAGUACUGCUCAUACUUGUUUUAAUAUGGACAUUUGGUUUUGAUUUAAAUGUCAGUCUGGUCAGAAUAUGUCCUGUAUGUCUGUUUACUAAUCUCUGUUAGAUCAGUGAGCUGGAAAAAUCCUGAGCAUCUUGGUUUGUAGAAAAUACUAAAGUGAAAACUCUAUAUUGCUCUGUUCAGAGCAAUUAUACCCUUUGAUAGGGGCUUCAAAUAAUUGAAUCUGAUCUUUAGCAGAUUAAAAUAUUCCUCCAGCUUCGUUUCAAAACAAUGUAUAUGCCUGUUGCUCUUCAGAGCUGGCUGAUAGCAGAUGAGUCUUGUGUGAACUGGAUGUUAUGUUGCAUAGCAAGUGUGAUUGAGAUCUGCUCUGUGUUCCGCUGUAGAAAGCUUAGAUAGUGCUGGUUAAGAAAUGGCUAUGCUGCAAGUUGCUUCUUAAUGUUUGUGACUACAAACAAACUGCUUGUGUUUCUGUCUUUCUUUUUCCUGUCCCCCUUCAAUGUUGGAGACUUCUUCUUCCUCCUUUAAUAAUCUCUCCUGUUCCUUGCUAUUCCUGGGCUUCUGCUUUGUGGAUGUUGGCGGCUUCUUGUUGUGACAGGAGAAUGUGUGUGUGUCCUGGGCCCAGGAGAAUUGCAAUUCCAGUCAAAAGCUCCAGACUGCCAUUGUUCUCUGAUGCCAUGCCAGCACCAGCUCAGCUACUACUCCCAUUAAUUCGCAACUGUGAGAUUGGCAGGAUAUACAGUACUGCAUGUUACUGUCACCACAAGCAUCUAUGUUGCCUGUCCCCUCCCGUAACUCACAAGCACUUGAGGUAUGUUCCUCAGAAGAAGCUUGCAACACUUUGCAGACCAAAGGAAAACUUCAGUCAGUUUAUUCAUGCAAGAAACUAUGUCUCCACACCACAGCGAUUUUACCUCACGCCUCCACAAGUCAACAGCAUCCUCAAGGCAAAUGAAUAUAGUUUCAAAGUGCCAGAGUUUGAUGGCAAAAAUGUAAGUUCUGUUCUUGGCUUUGACAGCAACCAGCUGCCAGCCAAUGCUCCCAUAGAGGAUCGAAGAAGUGCAGCGACUUGUUUACAGACAAGAGGCAUGCUUCUGGGUGUAUUCGAUGGCCACGCAGGAUGUGCAUGUGCCCAGGCUGUCAGUGAGAGAUUGUUUUAUUAUAUAGCUGUUUCUUUGUUGCCCCACGAAACUUUACUUGAAAUAGAAAAUGCUGUUGAAAGUGGUAGGGCCCUGUUGCCCAUCUUACAGUGGCAUAAGCACCCUAAUGACUAUUUCAGUAAAGAAGCCUCCAAAUUAUACUUCAACAGCUUGCGAACUUACUGGCAAGAACUCAUAGAUCUUAACACUGGAGAAACAACAGAUGUCAAAGAAGCUUUAAUUAAUGCAUUUAAGAGGCUUGACAAUGACAUUUCUUUGGAAGCACAAGUUGGAGAUCCAAAUUCUUUUCUUAACUAUUUAGUAUUGCGUGUAGCUUUUUCUGGCGCAACUGCUUGUGUGGCUCAUGUAGAUGGUGUUGAUUUGCAUGUUGCCAAUACUGGUGAUAGUAGAGCCAUGCUUGGUGUCCAAGAAGAGGAUGGCUCUUGGACUGCUGUUGCUUUGUCUCAUGAUCAUAAUUCACACAAUGAAAGUGAAAUUGAACGACUUAAGAUGGAACAUCCAAAGUCUGAAGAAAAGAGUGUUGUCAAACAAGAUCGGCUAUUGGGUUUACUUAUGCCUUUCCGAGCUUUUGGUGAUGUCAAAUUUAAGUGGAGCAUUGACCUUCAGAAGAGAGUAGUAGAAUCUGGCCCCGAUCAACUCAAUGAUAAUGAAUAUACAAAGUUCAUUCCACCAAACUAUCAUACUCCACCAUAUCUCACAGCUGAGCCUGAAGUGAUACACCACAAAUUGAGACCUCAGGACAAAUUCCUGAUACUGGCAACAGAUGGUUUGUGGGAAACAAUGCACAGGCAGGAUGUAGUUAGAAUUGUAGGUGAGUAUCUUACAGGUGUUCAUCAUCAGGAGCCAAUAGCCGUUGGUGGUUACAAGGUAACAUUGGGACAGAUGCAUGGGCUUCUUACAGAAAGGAGAGCCCGUGUCUCUUCGGCCUUUGAAGAUCAGAAUGCUGCUACUCAUUUAAUACGCCAUGCUGUAGGAAAUAAUGAAUUUGGCACUGUGGAUCAUGAACGGCUCUCCAAGAUGCUCAGUCUUCCAGAAGAGUUGGCUCGGAUGUACAGGGAUGAUAUCACAAUUAUAGUAGUACAGUUCAAUUCCCAUGUUGUUGGUGCAUGUCAAAAUGAAGAAUUCUGAAUUGAAGCAACAAAGUAAAUUUCACAGAACAAAAUGAAAAAAAUGACCAGUGUUGAGUGCAUCACAGUAAAACACUUGAUUAUCAUCAGGUCAUUGGAAUUAUAACUGGAGCAAAUAUAAUUUGCAAAAACCUUGGACAAUGGUCAAAAUGUUACUUAUCUGAUUUAAACUACCAGGAGAACAAAACCAACUUUGCACUAAGUAGUCUAUUUGGAAUUGUAAUUUGGAAUUGUUUGGUAGAAGUAAAUUUUCAUAUGCAUCAGAGCAAUGUCCUUCAGGGCAAAAAUAUUGUAUUUAUCACAUGUAAAUUCCAAUGUAGGUAGGUAUCUAAGUUGCUUUAGAAAACUUUGGAUGAUAAUUUGGUUAUAAAAUUGAACUUGAAUAGGGCUGUUGACUUUUAUACCUACAAAGUAGCUGUUGUGUCUUUCCUUCAGGAAAGGGAGGGAAUUAUUUUUUAACAGUCAGUACAUGUCUUGAAAUCAUAUCUACGGUAACUAUCUUAUCUUGGGUAGUGAUAUAUCUGUUGAAACACAUGCCUGUAAUAUUGAUGUUAAAAGUCCAAGUUUAAGCCAUAAAUAUCCUAAGCCUGUCCAGUAUUAGAAAUUGAAGACCAUUUUGCAUCAAAAGCUAAUAUAUUUUGCACAGUUCAAAGGGCAAUAAAUUAUUAGAAGGUUAGAUAACUAAAUGGAAAAGUGCAAAAAAAAACCACCCACCCCUCUUUGGCUUAUGUUAUAAACCUGAAAUUUAGUUUUAUGAAUCUUGACUUUCAGUCAGACUCAUAUCAAAUCUAUUUCUGCUCAUCUUGGGUUUAGUAUUGUACUUAGGCAAAUGGUAAUGACUUAGUAAAUUUGUGCAGUCACAUGUUUAUAGUCUGAAUUAAAGUUCAGUCUUCUGGAUGUGUUAAGUAUUACAAAGCAAAAAAUGUACCUGUAUUGUUUGGUUGCCACGGUGACUUGAAGAAAAUCAUGUAAUAAAAAUUGUAAAUAGAAAUACUGGCAGAGAAAAGUCUGCAUGCUAUAUCCACUGGCAGUGCAACAUCAAAUCUUCAAAUUUAUUACUGGUGAGUAAACUUGCUUACAUCCCAGAUCUCUUCCUAAUGUUGCAUGACUGAUCUCUGAACUAUAUGCCAUAUAAUGGUAUAUUUGGAAAUGGCAAGAAAAUUUAAAAAGUUUUCUUAGCAAUUACAAUUUGAAUGUUUUAAUUUAAUUUCAGACUCAAGGCUUCACAAAUGUCACUUGCCUUAUAAUAUUGAACUAGUUUUUAUCACUUCAUAAAAAGACAGUAUAAUUAUAGGAAUCAUUGCUUAAUAUUUUCCUCAAGUUCAUAUCUACAUUUGAGGCAUUAGCAAAAGAACAUUAAUAUCUGUGCUUCUUUGUUUAAAUAUCUUGUAUGUAUUCCACUUGAACUGCAUUUGACUUUCUAUCACAUAUGUGAUUGUUUAAGCUGACACAUUUUAGAAUAUGUCAGUGUUCUUCACAGAUAGAUAGAUAUAUAAAAAAAGAACAACGAGCUAACUCUGUCCUUAGUAAACCAGUACUAUGUGUAUGAAUGUUUCCAGCACUUAGGUUUUGUAUCACUAAAGUUCUCUUAGCUCCUUAGUGUACACUAAGAGUCAUAUAUGUCUAAAAGAUUGCAAGUAUUGAAAUGCAAAGACAUACAAUAUGUAAUUGCAUCACUUUCCUAAAUGGAUAUUCUUUACAAAUUUAACGAUGGAAAAUUCCUAUCUGCAGCCUUAAAAGUAGGGUAGUCUUCUCUUUCUGUGUCCAAAGAAGUAAUUGUUAUAGCUUUCAUUUAUAUUUCUCAUCUAAUUUUGUUAUUUAUUGUAUUAAUGACAAAAUUGAGCAGUUUAAGUUGUCACCUUUAUAAAUGGAGUAGAAUUGUUAAAACCAUAUUUUAUGUUACAUUAUUCAUUAUUCAUUUUCUUAGCUAUUUGUGACAUCUGUAAUACAUGUAAAUGUAUCUUUGUGGCUUGGUUCUAGUUAUAACGGUAUUAAGUCCUGGCCCUAUAUAUUCAGCAUUUUGGGGAGAGUUGGUGGUCUUGUACAUACAGAUAUGAACAUAAGAAUUAACUUUAAUUUCUCAGAAUAUGUUUGCAUUGAAAGGGGAGGGGAAAUGGCUUUUUCAACACCACACAAUAUAGUCCAAGAACAAAUAACUUUUUGGUAAAUUUCAAUAAAAACAAUUACUGGAAACAUAUA